GUCGGGCGACAACAAUGACCACUCGACGACCCCAGCGCGACAGCAUUUAUCGAUUUUCGGCAGCCCCAGUGGAGGAGCGCUAGGAGCAGCAGUCAAGCCAAAGUCCAGCCUCGCAGACCCACUGGGUCGGAUUAAACGGCUUUCACAUGAGCAUGCUAGGAUUUGUCUACCUGGUUCUCAUCCUGGGCUGGAUACUGAUCGUUCUGUUCCUGAAGUGCAAAAAGUCCUUGGCCGCUCCAUUUCGGUUUGGCGAGAACUACACCGAUGCCAUCGCCGAUACGGAACGUCGCCCAUCGGUCCACGUUAUCCAGUUGCAGCACGAUGAUGUGGAGCGCGAGGAUCACUAUAUGAACCAUUUCCACCAAAACACGGAGAAUCUGCAGCGCUACUCGCAUCGCUCGCAACGUUCCACGCUGGAGGAGCGUACGAUCGAGCGGACAUAUCCCACGGAUGCGGUGAUAAAUCCUGCCUAUAUGCACGACGAGGACUACGUGAUCAAUGCACCUCCUCCGUCCUACGAGGAAGUGAUGCGGCAGCCGCAGGUGUAUCCACAGGUGCGCCACAACAACCACAAGAUCAGCGAUGCUGACAUCUAGCCUAGUUAAGCCAAUGAUCAAAUUGUAAAUAUGCGUACUUGAUCUGGGUCAGCUGUGAUUUUACAUAUUGGUUUUGGUUUUUUAUUUCGUUUGCACCUAAAAAAACAUAAUCAAUUCGAUUGAUUCAACUUAGGUGGCCUGCGCCCUCUUGCACUGCGAAUAAUAGUAGUUUUACACAAAAAAUGUAUAAAAUGAUUUUACAUAGGUAUGAUUAAUAGUUAUGAUUAUGAUUAAUGAUUACAAACAGUCAGUCCACGUGUGCAGUUGUUACAGAUUGUAAUUGUAAAUAAAUUAAUAGUGAAGUAUACUAAAUAAAAUGUGUAAAAAACUAAAAAAAACAUUCCCUUUGCAUUCUUUUGGCUAAGUUAAGUCGCUAAAUUCGAAACAUAUCGCACAUACAGACACCAAAGCUUCCACAUAUGGAUAUAUAAAUGUGU